AUGAGGUUCUUGCCUAUUUUCGCCUCUCUGGCGUUGAGCGCCCUUCAGGUCACCGCCGCGCCGGCAGAGCUUGCGGCCCGGGCACCGACUCUCUACCUUUGUGGUGACAGCACCAUGGCUCGGAGCAGCGAUCCCCAGAUGGACGGCUGGGGCCAGUACGUAGCCAAGUACCUAAACAUCGCUGUCGUCAACCGGGCCAUCGGCGGCCGCUCGUCGCGUUCCUUCUGGAACGAGGGCCGCUUCCAGAACGUCGCCAACGAGGUCAAGGCUGGCGACAUUGUCGUCAUCGAGUUCGGUCACAACGAUGUCGGCUCGCCCCGCUCCAACGACAACGGCCGCUCCGUCUGCCCGGGCGAGGGCACCGAGACCUGCAUCUCCGACACCACCGGCGAGACCGUCUACACCUACAUCUUCUACGUCAUCCAGGCCGCCAAACUCAUGACGGCCAAGGGCGCCACCGUCAUCCUCAGCUCGCAGACCCCCAAGAACCAGUGGGCCACCGGCACCUGGGUCGGCACCCCGUCUCGUUUCGUCGCCAUGCAGAAGAAGGCCGCCGCAACCAUCAACAACCCCGCCGUCACCUUCGUCGACCACCACCAGGCCGUUAGCAACAUGUACCGCAAGUUAGGCGCCUCUGCUGUCGGCGCCCUGUACAUCAAAGACAACACCCACACAAGCGCCGCUGGCGCCGACCUCAGCUCCCAGGCUUUCGUCCAGGCCAUCUACCAGAAGAUGAACGGCACCACCAGCCUCGCUGCCCACGUCAAGACGCCCAUCAAGACGGUUUACUAA